AUGGCAUCAACGGAGGUCAAAGAUAUAGAAGCCAAAACGGAUGGGUUGAAACUUGAUUCAGUCGAAACUACACCCAAAUCCGCAUCCAACGCCAACGCCUCUCCACUGACGACGAAAACCGGAGAAGACGGCGAUGAGGAUGACCAGGAUGAAGAAGACGACAACGGGGGAGGAGUUUCCGCUAACACCACCAGCGACCCCCCCAAAAACAAGAAAAAGAAAAAGAAGAGCAACAAGAAGAAGAAAUUGGUGAGCAUCGAGCACUCGUACCCCGACGGCAUCUACCCCGAGGGCCAAUGGCUCGACCACCCCAUGGACAGCAACACUUACCGCACGACGCUGGAAGAGAUGCGCUACUUGGACAACCAGAACAUGGCCAAAUGGCAAGAUUUCCGCAAGGGAGCCGAGAUCCACCGCCGGGUGCGCGCCAAGGCCAAGUCGCAGAUCCGCCCCGGUAUGACCAUGCUCGAGAUUGCCGACAUUAUCGAAUCGUCGAUCCGCACAUACGCGGGGAACGUUGCUGCCAAAGUUGCAGGAGUCGGCUUCCCCACCGGGUUAUCGUUGAACCACGUGGCGGCGCACUAUACGCCCAACACGGGCGACAAGAAGGUGUUGGCGAGCUCGGACAUCAUGAAGGUGGACAUUGGCGUGCACGUGAACGGGCGCAUCUGCGACUCGGCGUUCACGAUGACGUUUGACGAGACGGGCAAAUACGACGAGAUCUUGGCUGCGGUGCGCGACGCGACGUACACGGGAGUGCGGGAGUCCGGGAUCGACGUGCGGUUGAACGAUGUUGGCGCUGCGAUUCAAGAAGUGAUGGAGUCGUACGAGACACGCGACGGCACCGCCAUCAAGUGCAUUAGGAACCUCAAUGGGCAUAAUAUCGGGGACUACGUGAUCCACGGCGGCAAGUCGGUGCCUAUCAUUGCCAAUGGCGACAUGACCAAGAUGGAAGAAGGCGAGGUGUUUGCGAUUGAGACCUUUGGGCUGACGGGCCAAGGGUACGUGGUGCCCGAGGGGGAGUGUUCGCAUUAUGCGUUAAACGCGGGCAUGGACGCGGGCGUCAAGGGGUUGAGCGAGCGGGCCCGCGCGCUCUUUAGCAAGAUCGAUGCCAGUUUCGGCACCUUGCCUUGGUGUAGACGGUAUUUGGAGCGGGAAGGCGAGGAAAAGUACUUGUUUGCCUUGAACCAGUUGGUGCGUGCCGGUGUUGUUGAGGAUUACCCGCCGAUUGUGGAUAAGCGCGGCAGUUACACGGCCCAGUUUGAGCAUACGAUCAUCUUGCAUCCGCAUCGGAAGGAGGUUGUCACCAAGGGAGAUGAUUAUUAG